ACCGUCAUAACGAACAACAAACGAACCCAUCUUCACUACCAAUCCAAGAUACCCCAAAACACCAGCCAACAUGUCUCUGCACUACCUCCCCCCCGUCAAGCCUUCGGCCAUUGCCCUCGGCACCAUCUUCAACCACACCGCUGAGCUUGCCAUCCUCAGCCCCCUCUUCGGCCAGACCUACCAGCGCGCGAAGGCUGCCAACUCCAAGGAGGAGUUCGCCAAGUCCAAGGAGGCUUCCUCCGCUGCCGUCGCCUGGGGCACCUCUCUCGUCGGUUCUGCCCUCCAGGCCUACGGUGUCGGUGCUCUCAUCAACGCCACCGGCACUCUGUCCUACAAGGGCGCUUCCUACCUCGGUGCCCUGAUCUUCGCCGCCACUGCCGCCCCUGGUUACAUCUCCGAGGUCUUCAUCGAGAAGCGCGCUCUUGACACCGUCGGCGUCAGUGUCCUCGCCAAGGUCUUCGAGACGGUCGGCCUGUCCGUCUUCCUGACCUGGUGGGGCACCCGCACCAACCCUUUCGAGUAAAGGGAUAAUUUUGUGGCAUUCCUCAAGUCGGAAUACCAACAGGGUGGCCUGGCAAGCAGACGACAGAACUCAGCGGCCCGCACCCUAUGUGCUUAUAGUCUGGGACUCGGAAGGUUCAGGAGUUAAGAGAUAAUGGAUUGAGAACUUGCCUC